ACUUCGAAACGGUCAUACAAAAUCUAUCCAUUUUUAAAUUAUUCGUGUGUUUAUAAAUAUGGAUAAUAGUGAUUUGAUAGCGGAUGAAAAUUCCGCUCAGCAGUCUAUUGCUUUGAGGCGAGAAUUACGCAGAAAGAAGAUAUUGGAAGCCUCUAAGUCACGACUCGACAAAUUAAAUGGCAGAGCUUCAGCAAUACAGAAAGAACACAUUGUCGAUGGACCUACGAACACCCAAUAUUCUGAUCCAGAGGUGGAGCCGGAUGUUCCCAUUAAACGCUCAUUUUUGCCGGAACAGUCUGCACCUCCGAAAGUCAGUGCUCCAAAUGUGUUGCUGAAGAGCCGAGCUCACAUUAUUUUGGCGGCUUGCGUCGGAUUCGUGUUGGCGCUAUACACCAAUAGCAGCGUUUUCUUUCCUGUUCUGCUCUUUGUGAUUUUAGAACUUGCGUUCCUGCAGUAUCAUAAACGCGACCAUUUGCCGCCCAGCGUGGGACCCAUGUUGCUCAUGUUCAUCAAUCCAAAUAUUACCAGCAAAAUUAAGCAAUUCAGCAGUAUAUUUUUCAUCCUUCAAUCCCUUUUGGGAGAUCUUGCGAUCACAGUCUGUGUGGUUUGCUCAGGAAGCUUGUUGUUAUUAAAUAUUAACUCUGAUUUUGUUACCGUUUUGAAAUAAAGAAUAUAUUUAUGAA